AUGGAAACGGAACCUCAUCAUGCACAAGAGGGCGAAUUCCCACAUUCACCAUGGGUCGAACUAGGUGCAUUUACCUCUCCACAGCACUCGCCGCCGAUGCCCGAAUAUACUGGGUUUGAGUAUGGUCCUUCACCAAUCAUGACCGUUGACCCCUCUUCUUACGGCAUGUCCCUGCCGCCACCAUAUACAUCGAUGCCACUACCAAUGCCCUCGCAUGCCUGGCCUAGUAUGCUUGCCCAUCACUCUCCAUUCCAUGAAAAUGGUCUUCCUCCUGCUCCUAUGCCAACAUCGGUCUCUCCUUCAGCACCCCCACCUCCAGUUCGAAAGACCUCCACUGGAGGUUCGACGCCGCGCAGAACCUUGACCGAUGAGGAUCGCCGACAGAUGUGUUUAUACCACGAAGAGAACAAAACUGCAAAGCAGACUGAUAUUGGAGCCAUGUGGGCUAACAUGGGUUCUCCUGCAGCUUUGUUUGGUGUUGAAAGAAGUACCGUCUCCAAAGUCCUGCGCCAGAAAGAAAAGUACCUGAACCCCGAUGAUGGAAGUCGAUCACCGAUCAAGCGAGCAAAGGGUCGAGUUCCGGAUAUUGAGAAAGCGCUAUCCAACUGGGCAAGGAACUACUCACGUCAAGGGUUUCCGAUAAAUGAUGAGAUGAUAAGGGAGAAAGCGCUCUUUUUUGCGCAUACUUGUGGAUGUCCUGAGGGUAAGGAUAGAGUACUUACUCAAAGUUGGCUGGAGAAGUUCAAGCAGAGAAACAACCUAUCGGGCGCGAAGUCACGAAAAGGAUCUCUGAGUACCCGACGAAACAGUUCUACCAGUCCUACUCGCAUUGAUACUGGUUCUCCAACCGGAUCUGCCUCUCAAAGUCCCAUUUCUCCAGGAAAUCCAUUCGGUUCUCCCAUCUCUCCAAUUCAGAGCCCGAGUGGUAUCAAGAGGGAGUCGGAUGGAUGCCCCGAACUUUCUGGGGGUUAUCUUCACAUCCAUUCGAAAAGUACUACUUCGCUCGAUACUUCCUCGACUGGAAUGACAAGUCCCUGCUCAACCUUGGUCUCAGACAGUCCUUUCACUCCAACAAGCCAGCAUCGUCUCCCAUGCUCAGUUGGUAGCAACACAAGCCGACCACGCAGUUCUACAUUUCCUCUCGCCCCCAUCGACCCGACUCUGCUUACUGCGGAUCAUUCGAUGGAUGGAGACUGCUCUAAGAUAGAUGUCACCCAACCGGUUGCUAUUCUCGAAUCCCCCUUGGAGUUUGGCGAUGAGGAGGCUAGAACUGCGAUCAAAGGAACCGAUCCCAGGAAGUUGAUCAAGCGGAAUCGCAGCAAUCCUGAGAUUAAGACGCAAUCCAUGCAACCGCCUCCUGUCGUUUCGAAGUCCACUGCGGUUUCGCCUAUCAGUGCACCCGAGUCUCCUACUCAAGAUGAAGCCCGUCAGGCCUUAGAGCUUGUGAUGAAUUACUUCCAACAGCAACCUUCCGGUCUCGCUGCACAAGAAUAUGUGACUAUCGGCAAGCUGAUGGAACGUCUCGAACUAGCAAAAAGCCAGGGACACAUCCUAGGAGGCCUUACGCGGAUCGAUGAACAUGAUGAUGUUCCUCGAGUCAGCAAGAAGCGGAGUAUCCAUGGUCUUAGCUGA